AUGGAGAAACAAAUUGUUGACUAUGUAUUUGUACCAUUAGGCCUUGUACUAAUGGUUACUUAUCACAUUUGGCUUCUCCAUCAAAUCUUGAAGCACCCAAACCGAACUGUAAUCGGCAUCAAUGCAAUCAAUCGCCGCCUGUGGGUUCGCGCCAUGAUGGAGGACACAUCCAAGAACGGAGUGUUGGCUGUACAAACGCUAAGAAACAACAUAAUGGCAUCGACCCUUUUAGCAUCGACGGCUAUUAUGCUGAGUUCCCUCAUCGUCAUGUUGAUGACUGGUGUCGGUGGCGGUGGCGGUGAGAACCGUUCAACAAGGCUCGUUUUUGGAGACAAAAAAAAGAAGACGGACGAAGAGGCCAAUUGA